AUGGCCCAGGCAGACACGAAAUAUCAGCCAAUCUCUUCAGCAGAUCUUGAAGGGGACCAGCCCGUCGGAGAGCCUCCAAGGGCUCGAAAGCGCCUUGUAGAGAGCUGGAAGACAGUGGUCAUUGCCAUCUUGUCUUUGGGCUGGCUGGCAACUGCAACGGGCUGGUAUCGGGCUACGCCUUCAACAGAAGGGCCCCUUCACGUUUACACAAACUCCCCCAUCCCGAAGGAUGUCUUCAAACCAGUCAAGAAAGUAUUCCAGCUGGACGAAAGAUAUGUUGGCGGAACACCAGAGGCCGAGGUCAUGUGGGACAAGCUCGUCGCUGGUCACGAUGCUGUCUGGCUCGAGAAUCCUGCUCAGUGGGGUUUAGGCGAGGGUAUUGUGGCGCCCUAUGACCACCCCAAUACGCCGGAUCCCAAACCUCAGGACUUCUACGUCAUAUCGCUUCUUCAUCAGUUGCACUGUCUGAAUAUGAUCAGGUUCCAGUACUACCAGGAAAGGAACCGUGUCGACACUUCUGCGGACCCGCAGGCUUUCAUGUGGAAAGUACACGUUGAACACUGCUUCGAAUACCUGCGUCAAGGCAUCUCUUGUGGUGGCGAUCUCAUCAUCGAGGGAAACAGCCCAAUUAACGUCGGCAAAGGGCACGCAACCUCGGUGACUGGGUGGGGUGUUGAGCACGAUUGUAUUGAUAUUGACCUCCUGUGGCAAUUUCAAAUCGAGCAAGAGGCCAAGUAUAACUUGACUUGGCAAAAUGCGUAG